AUGGCGACGGCGAAGGCAACGGCGACAGGGCCAUCACGCAUCCGUCAAUCCACCACCACCGCCACCACACAGCGGCCCCAACGAACCCAACAAAUCCCACUCACCGACCCCGACCUUCGCCCCUUGCUCUCCAACAUUUCCACAUCCCUCCAACACUCCUAUGCCCAACGCCGUCCAUGGUUCGAACUCAUCGAUCGCUCCACCUUUUCCCGUCCAGAAACCAUCUCGGAAGCCACAUCUCGUGUCCGGAAAAACAUUUCAUACUUUCGUGUUAAUUACAUGGCCGUCAUCGCCCUUGUCCUUUUAUUCUCUCUCCUCUCCCACCCCUUCCCUCUCUUCUUCCUCAUUAGCCUCAUAGCAUCGUGGCUAUAUUUCUACCUCUUCCGUCCGGCCGACCAGCCGGUUUUCCUCUUCGAACGGACUUACUCCGACCGUGAAGUCCUGGGGAUACUGAUCGUUUCCACGAUUGUUAUCGUAUUCUUAACGGGAUUGGUGUCGCUGAUGAUUUCAUCUCUGUUGUUUGGAUUAGGGAUUGUUUGUGUCCACGGAGCAUUUAGGGUUCCACAAGAUGUAUUUGUGGAAGACCAGGAGCCAUCAUCUAACGCCGGAUUCCUUUCGUUCCUUGCCGUUGCCGCUGCUGCUCCAAAUCGGCCACGUGUUUGA